AUGUCUCUAUCAUCUCUGGAGACGGACGACAAUGGCCGGCCUCGAUUCCCUGGCUGUUCGAAUAUCCGCGAUUUCGAGUUCAUCAACAAGCUUGGAGAGGGAACUUUCGGUGAAGUUUAUAAGGCAAGAUCCAAAAAGGGCAAUGCGAUAGUAGCCCUGAAGAAGAUUCUCAUGCACCAUGAGAAGGAGGGUUUUCCCAUCACAGCUAUCCGAGAAAUCAAGAUUUUGAAGAUGCUGUCCCAUCCAAAUGUUCUACAGCUGAAAGAGAUGGCGGUCGAACGGAGCAAAGGCGAGGGUCGGAAGAAGCCCAGUCUGUACAUGGUGACACCGUACAUGGAGCAUGACCUGUCCGGACUUUUAGAGAACCCGACUGUUCAAUUCACUGAGCCACAGAUUAAGUGUUAUCUGAUGCAACUUCUGGAAGGUCUUCGGUACCUACAUGCGCAGAAUCGGAUUCUACACCGCGACAUGAAGGCUGCCAAUCUCUUGAUCAGCAAUGGAGGCAUUCUCCAAAUUGCCGAUUUUGGUCUCGCACGCCCUUACGAUGAACCCCCUCCGCUACCUGGGAAGGGCGGUGGUGAGGGAAAAAGAGAAUACACAGCACUUGUUGUGACCCGAUGGUAUCGGCCACCGGAGUUGUUACUUUCGCUACGAAAGUACACGACGGCCGUUGAUAUAUGGGGUGUUGGUUGUGUUUUUGGUGAAAUGUUCAAAGGAAAGCCAAUCCUUUCAGGCAAUAGUGAUUUGAACCAAGCGCAGCUCAUUUUCAGCCUCGUGGGCACCCCCACUGAAGAGAACAUGCCUGGAUGGAGCUCAUUGCCGGGCUGUGAAGGCGUCAAGAGUUUUGGGUUCAGGCGCGGAAAUCUUCACGAUGUCUUCAAAGAACAAAGUCCCACCGCCAUCUCACUACUACAUGAGCUUCUGAAACUCAACUGGCGAAAACGUAUUAAUGCCAUCGAUGCCUUGAAACACCCGUACUUCACCACACCACCAUUACCGGCACGCCCCGGGGAAAUUCCUCACUUCCAGGAUUCUCAUGAAUUGGAUCGAAAGAAAUUUCGCAACCAACAGGUUCCUAUGCCUCCUGUUCCAGGGGGCGACCGGAUUCUCGAAGUAGAAUCCCAGGUGGUGCGCGAGGCGGCCGUCCAAACGCACCUGGAAUGCCAGGUAAUCCCCAUCGACGAGGCCCUUUCCCCACAUCCCAACGAGAUAGCGGCCUUCCGCCACGACCUCCUAUGUCCCAUGCACAGUGGGAUGGCGCCCAGUCCUCCCGGACAGAUGGGCGAGAUGACACAAGACGGGAUCGAUUUAACCCCAACCGUGGAGGGGGUGGAGGCGGGGGCGGAGGGGGAGGAGGCAGGUUUUCUAACAAUAAUGUGGAUUCUUACGUCCCAAAUUAUGGCAAUUCGUCCGAGAACCCGUCGUCCGGUGGAGCAGAUUGGCGAGGGUCUGGUCGGCGUGACUACCGCCGUGAACCAGCACGGAGACGAAGUCGAAGCCCUGGUUUCAGAGGAGCUGGAUAAAAUAUUGGUUUUUUCCCUAGUUUCUAUGAAUGACUUAGGUUUGGCAAUACCCGUAAUCGUAAAGACGCAUUUUACAUGA